CUCUGGCUCCACAUAGCAAAGAGCAACUGGGCCAGCUGGGUUGUGUUGAAACUCACAGAAUCAGCCUCAAGAGGAUUCUUUGGAGCAGAAUCCCCUACCAAGGCCAAGUUGAUAAACAGGAAACCACACAUUCCUGAGUCCCGAGAUCCCAGGGAUGAAGCAAAGGAGCUGCAUGGUUAUUUGAAGAAGUUUACAGCAAACAGGACAAUGGAGGACCAAAGAAGCCUCCAGGAAGACAUCUUGGCUCGGAAGAAGCUUUUGAAAGUGUUUCCUGAGGUGGAAGCAGAAUUUGAGUCAUGUGUACAGAAACUUCGCGCCCUUGCCGAAGAGGUUGACCAGGUGCACAAAGGUUGCACCAUCUCCAAUGUGGUGACCAGCUCUGUUGGCGCUGCCUCUGAUGUCAUGAACAUCUCUGGCCUGACUCUAGCACCCUUCACAGUAGGGGGCAGUCUACUGCUCUCAGCAGCUGGGAAAGCUCUGGGAGUAUUGACUGCUCUAUCCGGUAUUACCACUAGUGUCAUAGAAGAGUCCAGUAUGUCCUCAGCUGAAGCUGAAGCCAAACGCAUCCUGUCAACUGCUGAGAACAACCUGAUGAGAUUACUAAAGCUUUUGGGUAAUAUUGUAUCAAAAAAUGUUAUGAAAAUUGUGAAAUUCUGCGAGAACAUGAAAGGCUUGGUGAUGAACAUCCGUGCUCUUAGGGUAGCUAGAGCCAACCCUGGCUUAGCACGUGAUGCCAUGCACUUCCCAACCCGUCGGGGGCUCUUUGCCCAAAUGCCUCAGCAAGUGCAGAGAGCAUUUCCAGGUACACCCCUGUCACUGACCACAGGAGCCCGGAUAGGAAAUGUGGCCCUAGGAACUGUGUCCCUUGGGAUGAAUGGGUACAACAUUUACAAAGAGUCAAAGCAUUUGUAUGAGGGGGCAAAGUCACCGCUAGCUGAACAGCUGCGGCAGAAGGCUGAGGAGCUGGAGGAGGAGUUGAAGGAGAUCAAGCAGAUCCUACAACUUUGUUGUUAGAUCUGACUCAGUCCCCAUCCUCAAUGGGUACAGGUACAUGUUCUGGACAGAGAUGCAUACAUAGACAGAAUUAGAAUGAGUAAAGGGAUGAGAAUCAAAGGGAUGAGAUCAAAGCUAUGCAACUGAGCACUAAGGGGUCUGGAAUUUUUGGGGAGUGAUCAUAACAAAGGAGGGGUUAAUGCAGAUUAGAGUUUGUUUACAGAGAAGUCCAGGUACACAGAGCGUUCCACAAGUGAAAAGCAAUAUACAUAGCGCACCACAUAAAUAGUAUUAAGGAAAAAUUAUGUUUCAAUUCAUGGAGAAAAAAUCUUCACAGAAUUCACCAUCCACUCAUGUUGAAAUGCCUAAGAGAACGAGGAAUUGUGGUAUUAUAUCUCAAUCUAUACCUAAUUGCAGUAUUAAUUAGUGUAUGUUAUAAAUACACUAAUAGAGUGUAUUUACUGCAAACCCAUAGAAGGCAUCAUUCUGAAUGGAGAAAAGCUAAAAGAACAUACUGUAAAAUGAGGAACCAGGUGAAGAUGUUCAGUUGUUCCACUGCAAUUCAAUGUAGUUCUUGAAAUUUUAGGCAGAACCAUUAGUCAAGAGAAAGAAAAAGAAUAUACAUAAGAAAAGGCAAAGUCAAAUUGUCCAUAUUGGCAGAUGAUAUGAAUCUGUAUUUUGAAGAUUCUAAAGACUCCACCAAAACACCUUUACAUUUGAUAAAUAAGCUCAACAAAUAGCAGGACAUGCUAUCAACUUGAGAAAAAUCAAACUCUAAACUAUAGGAAUUAGCUAGUUGACAAGUCAAUCAGGAAAACAAUACAUUCCUAGAACUAUCAGAGGGAAAAAACAAAGUGAGAAAUGAAAUCGAAUACCUUUAAAUCUACCUACUCAAGAUGAAAAUAUUCCACAAUGAAAGUUAGAAAAUACUGAAGAUAAAGAAGGAUGAUGACACUAGAAGUGAGAAUGAUUCCCCCAUGUUCCUUGGAAUCAAGUCCAUUUCACAGUUCUUCAUCAGUCAUGGAAACGAACUUGUGCUGUAGUCAUACUGAAGAGCAAAGGAUGGUGGGAAGACUGGAAGCCAGGAGCUCCCACCAGGCCUGGAAUCCAUGGAAAGACAAGGCUAGUGACUCCCAGGCAUGUCCUCUUCUGUGCAAGCCUGGGUUCAGAGGUGCAGCUGGGGGCUGUUUCCCCUGAGCCAAGGAGGGAACACGUUUUCCCUAGACAGCCAGGGAAAAUGCUUGAGCAACAACCUCAGGAGCCCGGAUUGUGUGUGCAGUCUAUGGUCUAUCUCAUGGACUGUACCACCUUGUGCAAGAUUUGGUGUAUCUGGGCUCAAGUAAGUGACUCCCUCCAGAAUGAGUUCAGAGGUCACAGGACAUGGGCUGGCCACGACAUGGAGGGAAAAGGAGGUAUUCAUGAGUCAUUUGUAGGAAAAUGGAUACAACUUGAGAUCAUGCUAUUCAGUGACAUAAACUAGGCACAUAAGUUUAAAUAUCCCAUACGAAGAAAAAAAGAAAAAGAAAAAGAAAAAAAGAGCCUGUCUGACAGCUCAGCAGACU